CAUCUUUAAGACAAAUCACUGAGUGUGUUACAGUGGACAAAUUAUCGAUUGAAACUGGAUGGUUAUGACUUUGAAGAAUAAAUUAAGGUUUGACUUCUGUAAAAAUCAUGGCACCAGAAAAACUACACUCCUCACCAUGUUGUGUGUGUGGUGGGUGUUUACCUGGACUUGUGCCCAAGCGACAAGAGAACGGCUGAAUCCUGAGACACCUACAAGGGGACCAAUGAAGAUGAAUCAUGAUUUCACACAAAACAAAACUGUACUGAAAGAAAGCAAUAAAGUAACUUCACAACAAUCUGCAGAUACAGACAUAACAACUGUCAAAAGAGGUGGACAUACUUCUCCUACUAAUACUGAUAGAAAAACAACUGAACAAUCAUUCAGUACUGCAGAAGGUACAACAACCAAAUCUAGAGGAAGACUUUCCAGCAAAGUCACGAUCAAACAGCCAUCACAUGGAACAAGCAAAAUGACAACAGUGGCUCCAAGAACUAUUAAGAGUUCACCAAUGAAGACGACUCCCUCAAAACCUGUUCCACCUACGGCUACUGUAAAGCUGGUGUUCAACUGCUCAUAUCCUGUUCCCAGUGAGAGUUUGGUCUUGAAUGCUAUCGCAACUCUGCUACACUCUCGAGCUGCCAACAUCCCCAAUACUGUGAAAAUACGGGGCUUCUCCUAUCAAGAAAUUUCAGACAACUCCUAUGAAGUUGACUUCAUAAUCAGUGUCAAUAUCAUCAUGCCAGAAAAAUACGACCUCAGGAAAAAAGUCUACAAGCAAAUCCAAAAAUCCAUCAAUGACGUACUAAACAUGCUAUUAAAUGAACCUGGAGCAGAACUAUUUGAACCCCAUAGCACCUUCUUCAUGAAUUUGGAAAUUGAUAUGGAGUACAGAUUUGGAUGUGGAAAUAGCAAACAACCAAUCAGCUUCAUAAAUAAACUCAGUGCUUCUGUGACGACUGCAAGAACUCUGGAGGGGACCACCAAACCACUAAUUACUGCAUCAAGAAACACGCAUUUAGGUGGAGGAGGCAAAACAACAACAGUUACUCCAGCAGUUUCAAUAAAUAAAAACAAAGUCCGGGCCAUUGUGAUGCACGUUAAAAUUGAGUUUAGGAACUUGACCACUGUACCAAGUGAGGAUGAGGUUCUCAGAGCUGUUAAUGCUACAUGGAACACAAACACCAGAACUGUGCGAGAUGUAGGAAUAGAAAAACUGCCUGUCAACAUACAGAACAUCAUCUAUGAGAAAACAGGCAGCAACUCAUACAGUAUUGACUUUGUAUUCAAGAUCAGCAAUGUGACCAUUCAUGUAAACAAUGAUCAGAUAAAUGAAACAUACAGCACAAUACAAAACAAAAUGAACAGCCUGCUGAGUAAAAUCAUACAUCACUCAAAUCCCGUACAAUUUACCUACCCACCAGCAAACUUCAGUUUCAGUUAUAACACUACCACAAUUGAAGCAGUUCAAAAGUAUGUGUUGAACUGGAAUGAUACCAAAGCACCAAGUGAACUUCUCACUCAGCUACUCAGAGCCAGUCAUCAAGCACCAACUACAACUGCUCCUGCUACUGCUCCUGCUACUGCUCCUGCUAAUGUUAAGCGUGAGAGUGUCACCCCUACAACUGCAUCAGCUGUGGUUCUCACCAGAGUGGUGAUCAGCAACUCAUCUCUCAUUCCCUGUGAGAGUUUGGUCAACAGUACUAUCAAAACUCUGUUGAAAUCUCAAACUGCAAAAUUUCCUGACACUGUAAUAGUGAUGAACUACACAUAUGAACAAAUUUCAGACACUUCCUAUGCUGUUAACAUCACAUUUAAGAUGAGUAGUAUCAAAAUACAGGGGAAGUCUACCUGCAUUAACAGCUCUGAAGAAAAGGUCAAAACAUCUAUCAACAGAGCACUGAGCACUCUUCUAAAUAAGCCUAAUGCAGAACCAUUCAAAAAGCCAAUACUCAGCCUGGAAGGCUGCCCAGGAAAACUAAUGACUGGUUACAUGGAAUACAGUUUCCAGGAUGGAACUAAUAUAACACUAGACAACUUCCUCGAUGAGCUUCAGAAACAGAGUAAUUCAUCUUCAACAGCUUGUCCAAAAAGCAGUACAGUGGCGCCCUCUACAGCAUCUCCGUCGACAGUAAUUGGAAAUGCUUACAUUUACAUUAAAAUUAUAUUUGAGAACCUGACUGAUGUACCUACUGAGGCUGAGGCUCUAAGUGCUGCUAAUGUUUACCUGAAUUCAAAUAUCAGAAGAGUGAGCAGUCAAGAAACACAAACUCUUAAUGAACCUGUCAGCAUAAAGAACAUGACCUAUCAGAAAAGAGGAAACAACUCCUAUAGUAUAGACUUUGCAUUCAAAAUCAGCGAUGUGGCAAUGUCUGUGAAUCUGGACGAGAGAAACACAACACACGAUGCAAUACAGGACAAAAUAAACAGCCUGAUGAACAUAAUCUUGAGUGAGCCAACUGCAGCAUCAAUCAACUUCUCACAAGCAAACUACAGCGGAAAUGCUACAGUAAUAGAGGCAUCUCAAAUAUACAUCUAUAAGGAGGGUGACAUCAAAUCACCAAGUAGAUUUCUCCAUCAACUCUUAUUACAUAAUAAACAGACAGAAACUGCCACAAACACAACUGGAUCAUCUGUGGUUCAGACCAGGCUGGUGUUCAACUUGUCCUCUCCUGCUUCCAAUGAGAGUGCUGUCCCCUCAAUCAUCACAAGGCUGAAUGAUGCAAGGCUCAACCACGGGGAGGGUCCCGUACUAGUUCUUCUCGAAACUCUGCUGAACUCUACGCUCACAAACAUCACUGAGCCUGUGAGAGUGCUCAACUACACCUAUGAGGAAAUUUCAAACACCUCCCUCACAGUUAACAUAACAUUCAUGGUCAGUAACAUCAGCAUACCGAAGGACCCUGACCUCAGGAACGACACCUACACCCAUGUGGAGAGCAUCAUCAAUCAAGCUGUAAACACACUUCUCAAUACUUCUGGUCCCGAUCGACUUCAACCCACAUCCUCCAACUUCACGAGUUCAGGGGAUGAAGUUCAGGGUUCCAUGGAAUACAAUGUACCAAACUUCACCAGUCAGCCAGGGGAUGAUACAUCUCCAAAGGUUAAUCCUACUAACACUCCGAACCCUACUUCUCCAGGAUCUCCAUCCACAACCAAUGGUUCAGCUGUGGUCUACGUCAGGAUGGUGUUCCACAACUCCACGUCUGUUCCCACCGAGAGUUUGGUCCUCAGUGCUAUCGCAGAUCUGCUGAACUCUCGAGUCACAAACCUCAAUAACUCUGUCACGGUUCUGAACUACACCUAUGAGAAUAUUUCAGACACCUCCUACGCGGUCAACUUCACAUUCCGCAUCAGGAACAUCAGCAAUCCAGCGAACCCUGACGACAGGAACUACACCUACGAACAAGCGCAGCGCAUGACCAAUGAUUCUCUGAACACACUUCUCAAUGAGCCCAAUGCAGAACCCAUUGAACCAAACUCCUCCAACUUCACGACUUCAGGAGAUAUGAUUUAUGGUUACAUGGAGUACAUCUUCAAAGAAGAAGAUACCAAAGUACCAAUCGCAUACCUCAAUAAACUCCUCAUGAUCAAUGGAUCAUCUGUGGUUCAGACCAGGCUGGUGUUCAACUUGUCCUCUCCUGCUUCCAAUGAGAGUGCUGUCCCCUCAAUCAUCACAAGGCUGAAUGAUGCAAGGCUCAACCACGGGGAGGGUCCCGUACUAGUUCUUCUCGAAACUCUGCUGAACUCUACGCUCACAAACAUCACUGAGCCUGUGAGAGUGCUCAACUACACCUAUGAGGAAAUUUCAAACACCUCCCUCACAGUUAACAUAACAUUCAUGGUCAGUAACAUCAGCAUACCGAAGGACCCUGACCUCAGGAACGACACCUACACCCAUGUGGAGAGCAUCAUCAAUCAAGCUGUAAACACACUUCUCAAUACUUCUGGUCCCGAUCGACUUCAACCCACAUCCUCCAACUUCACGAGUUCAGGGGAUGAAGUUCAGGGUUCCAUGGAAUACAGUGUACCAAACUUCACCAGUCAGCCAGGGGAUGAUACAUCUCCAAAGGUUAAUCCUACUAACACUCCGAACCCUACUUCUCCAGGAUCUCCAUCCACAACCAAUGGUUCAGCUGUGGUCUACGUCAGGAUGGUGUUCCACAACUCCACGUCUGUUCCCACCGAGAGUUUGGUCCUCAGUGCUAUCGCAGAUCUGCUGAACUCUCGAGUCACAAACCUCAAUAACUCUGUCACGGUUCUGAACUACACCUAUGAGAAUAUUUCAGACACCUCCUACGCGGUCAACUUAACAUUCCGCAUCAGGAACAUCAGCAAUCCAGCGAACCCUGACGACAGGAACUACACCUACGAACAAGCGCAGCGCAUGACCAAUGAUUCUCUGAACACACUUCUCAAUGAGCCCAAUGCAGAACCCAUUGAACCAAACUCCUCCAACUUCACGACUUCAGGAGAUAUGAUUUAUGGUUACAUGGAAUACAUCUUCAAAGAAGAAGAUACCAAAGUACCAAUCGCAUACCUCAAUAAACUCCUCAUGAUCAAUGGAUCAUCUGUGGUUCAGACCAGGCUGGUGUUCAACUUGUCCUCUCCUGCUUCCAAUGAGAGUGCUGUCCCCUCAAUCAUCACAAGGCUGAAUGAUGCAAGGCUCAACCACGGGGAGGGUCCCGUACUAGUUCUUCUCGAAACUCUGCUGAACUCUACGCUCACAAACAUCACUGAGCCUGUGAGAGUGCUCAACUACACCUAUGAGGAAAUUUCAAACACCUCCCUCACAGUUAACAUAACAUUCAUGGUCAGUAACAUCAGCAUACCGAAGGACCCUGACCUCAGGAACGACACCUACACCCAUGUGGAGAGCAUCAUCAAUCAAGCUGUAAACACACUUCUCAAUACUUCUGGUCCCGAUCGACUUCAACCCACAUCCUCCAACUUCACGAGUUCAGGGGAUGAAGUUCAGGGUUCCAUGGAAUACAGUGUACCAAACUUCACCAGUCAGCCAGGGGAUGAUACAUCUCCAAAGGUUAAUCCUACUAACACUCCGAACCCUACUUCUCCAGGAUCUCCAUCAACAACCAAUGGUUCAGCUGUGUUCUACGUCAGGAUGGUGUUCCACAACUCCACGUCUGUUCCCACUGAGAGUUUGGUCCUCAGUGCUAUCGCAGAUCUGCUGAACUCUCGAGUCACAAACCUCAAUAACUCUGUCACGGUUCUGAACUACACCUAUGAGAAUAUUUCAGACACCUCCUACGCGGUCAACUUCACAUUCCGCAUCAGGAACAUCAGCAAUCCAGCGAACCCUGACGACAGGAACUACACCUACGAACAAGCGCAGCGCAUGACCAAUUAUUCUCUGAACACACUUCUCAAUGAGCCCAAUGCAGAACCCAUUGAACCAAACUCCUCCAACUUCACGACUUCAGGAGAUAUGAUUUAUGGUUACAUGGAGUACAUCUUCAAAGAAGAAGAUACCAAAGUACCAAUCGCAUACCUCAAUAAACUCCUCAUGAUCAAUGGAUCAUCUGUGGUUCAGACCAGGCUGGUGUUCAACUUGUCCUCUCCUGCUUCCAAUGAGAGUGCUGUCCCCUCAAUCAUCACAAGGCUGAAUGAUGCAAGGCUCAACCACGGGGAGGGUCCCGUACUAGUUCUUCUCGAAACUCUGCUGAACUCUACGCUCACAAACAUCACUGAGCCUGUGAGAGUGCUCAACUACACCUAUGAGGAAAUUUCAAACACCUCCCUCACAGUUAACAUAACAUUCAUGGUCAGUAACAUCAGCAUACCGAAGGACCCUGACCUCAGGAACGACACCUACACCCAUGUGGAGAGCAUCAUCAAUCAAGCUGUAAACACACUUCUCAAUACUUCUGGUCCCGAUCGACUUCAACCCACAUCCUCCAACUUCACGAGUUCAGGGGAUGAUGUUCAGGGUUCCAUGGAAUACAGUGUACCAAACUUCACCAGUCAGCCAGGGGAUGAUACAUCUCCAAAGGUUAAUCCUACUAACACUCCAAACCCUACUUCUCCAGGAUCUCCAUCAACAACCAAUGGUUCAGCUGUGUUCUACGUCAGGAUGGUGUUCCACAACUCCACGUCUGUUCCCACUGAGAGUUUGGUCCUCAGUGCUAUCGCAGAUCUGCUGAACUCUCGAGUCACAAACCUCAAUAACUCUGUCACGGUUCUGAACUACACCUAUGAGAAUAUUUCAGACACCUCCUACGCGGUCAACUUCACAUUCCGCAUCAGGAACAUCAGCAAUCCAGCGAACCCUGACGACAGGAACUACACCUACGAACAAGCGCAGCGCAUGACCAAUUAUUCUCUGAACACACUUCUCAAUGAGCCCAAUGCAGAACCCAUUGAACCAAACUCCUCCAACUUCACGACUUCAGGAGAUAUGAUUUAUGGUUACAUGGAGUACAUCUUCAAAGAAGAAGAUACCAAAGUACCAAUCGCAUACCUCAAUAAACUCCUCAUGAUCAAUGGAUCAUCUGUGGUUCAGACCAGGUUGGUGUUCAACUUGUCCUCUCCUGCUUCCAAUGAGAGUGCUGUCCCCUCAAUCAUCACAAGGCUGAAUGAUGCAAGGCUCAACCAAGGGGAGGGUCCCGUACUAGUUCUUCUCGAAACUCUGCUGAACUCUACGCUCACAAACAUCACUGAGCCUGUGAGAGUGCUCAACUACACCUUUGAGGAAAUUUCAAACACCUCCCUCACAGUUAACAUAACAUUCAUGGUCAGUAACAUCAGCAUACCGAAGGACCCUGACCUCAGGAACGACACCUACACCCAUGUGGAGAGCAUCAUCAAUCAAGCUGUAAACACACUUCUCAAUACUUCUGGUCCCGAUCGACUUCAACCCACAUCCUCCAACUUCACGAGUUCAGGGGAUGAAGUUCAGGGUUCCAUGGAAUACAGUGUACCAAACUUCACCAGUCAGCCAGGGGAUGAUACAUCUCCAAAGGUUAAUCCUACUAACACUCCGAACCCUACUUCUCCAGGAUCUCCAUCAACAACCAAUGGUUCAGCUGUGGUCUACGUCAGGAUGGUGUUCCACAACUCCACGUCUGUUCCCACUGAGAGUUUGGUCCUCAGUGCUAUCGCAGAUCUGCUGAACUCUCGAGUCACAAACCUCAAUAACUCUGUCACGGUUCUGAACUACACCUAUGAGAAUAUUUCAGACACCUCCUACGCGGUCAACUUCACAUUCCGCAUCAGGAACAUCAGCAAUCCAGCGAACCCUGACGACAGGAACUACACCUACGAACAAGCGCAGCGCAUGACCAAUGAUUCUCUGAACACACUUCUCAAUGAGCCCAAUGCAGAACCCAUUGAACCAAACUCCUCCAACUUCACGACUUCAGGAGAUAUGAUUUAUGGUUACAUGGAGUACAUCUUCAAAGAAGAAGAUACCAAAGUACCAAUCGCAUACCUCAAUAAACUCCUCAUGAUCAAUGGAUCAUCUGUGGUUCAGACCAGGCUGGUGUUCAACUUGUCCUCUCCUGCUUCCAAUGAGAGUGCUGUCCCCUCAAUCAUCACAAGGCUGAAUGAUGCAAGGCUCAACCAAGGGGAGGGUCCCGUACUAGUUCUUCUCGAAACUCUGCUGAACUCUACGCUCACAAACAUCACUGAGCCUGUGAGAGUGCUCAACUACACCUUUGAGGAAAUUUCAAACACCUCCCUCACAGUUAACAUAACAUUCAUGGUCAGUAACAUCAGCAUACCGAAGGACCCUGACCUCAGGAACGACACCUACACCCAUGUGGAGAGCAUCAUCAAUCAAGCUGUAAACACACUUCUCAAUACUUCUGGUCCCGAUCGACUUCAACCCACAUCCUCCAACUUCACGAGUUCAGGGGAUGAAGUUCAGGGUUCCAUGGAAUACAGUGUACCAAACUUCACCAGUCAGCCAGGGGAUGAUACAUCUGCAAAGGUUAAUCCUACUAACACUCCGAACCCUACUUCUCCAGGAUCUCCAUCAACAACCAAUGGUUCAGCUGUGGUCUACGUCAGGAUGGUGUUCCACAACUCCACGUCUGUUCCCACCCAGAGUUUGGUCCUCAGUGCUAUCGCAGAUCUGCUGAACUCUCGAGUCACAAACCUCAGUAACUCUGUCACGGUUCUGAACUACACCUAUGAGAAUAUUUCAGACACCUCCUACGCGGUCAACUUCACAUUCCGCAUCAGGAACAUCAGCAAUCCAGCGGACCCUGACGACAGGAACUACACCUACGAACAAGUGCAGCGCAUGACCAAUGAUUCUCUGAACACACUUCUCAGUGAGCCCAAUGCAGAACCCAUUGAACCAAACUCCUCCAACUUCACGACUUCAGGAGAUAUGAUUUAUGGUUAUAUGGAAUACAUCUUCAAAGAAGAAGAUACCAAAGUACCAAUCGCAUACCUCAAUAAACUCUUCACCAUCAAUGGUUCAGCUGUGGUCUACGUCAGGAUGGUGUUCCACAACUCCACGUCUGUUCCCACUGAGAGUUUGGUCCUCAGUGCUAUCGCAGAUCUGCUGAACUCUCGAGUCACAAACCUCAAUAACUCUGUCACGGUUCUGAACUACACCUAUGAGAAUAUUUCAGACACCUCCUACGCGGUCAACUUCACAUUCCGCAUCAGGAACAUCAGCAAUCCAGCGAACCCUGACGACAGGAACUACACCUACGAACAAGCGCAGCGCAUGACCAAUGAUUCUCUGAACACACUUCUCAAUGAGCCCAAUGCAGAACCCAUUGAACCAAACUCCUCCAACUUCACGACUUCAGGAGAUAUGAUUUAUGGUUACAUGGAGUACAUCUUCAAAGAAGAAGAUACCAAAGUACCAAUCGCAUACCUCAAUAAACUCCUCAUGAUCAAUGGAUCAUCUGUGGUUCAGACCAGGCUGGUGUUCAACUUGUCCUCUCCUGCUUCCAAUGAGAGUGCUGUCCCCUCAAUCAUCACAAGGCUGAAUGAUGCAAGGCUCAACCAAGGGGAGGGUCCCGUACUAGUUCUUCUCGAAACUCUGCUGAACUCUACGCUCACAAACAUCACUGAGCCUGUGAGAGUGCUCAACUACGCCUUUGAGGAAAUUUCAAACACCUCCCUCACAGUUAACAUAACAUUCAUGGUCAGUAACAUCAGCAUACCGAAGGACCCUGACCUCAGGAACGACACCUACACCCAUGUGGAGAGCAUCAUCAAUCAAGCUGUAAACACACUUCUCAAUACUUCUGGUCCCGAUCGACUUCAACCCACAUCCUCCAACUUCACGAGUUCAGGGGAUGAAGUUCAGGGUUCCAUGGAAUACAGUGUACCAAACUUCACCAGUCAGCCAGGGGAUGAUACAUCUGCAAAGGUUAAUCCUACUAACACUCCGAACCCUACUUCUCCAGGAUCUCCAUCAACAACCAAUGGUUCAGCUGUGGUCUACGUCAGGAUGGUGUUCCACAACUCCACGUCUGUUCCCACCGAGAGUUUGGUCCUCAGUGCUAUCGCAGAUCUGCUGAACUCUCGAGUCACAAACCUCAAUAACUCUGUCACGGUUCUGAACUACACCUAUGAGAAUAUUUCAGACACCUCCUACGCGGUCAACUUCACAUUCCGCAUCAGGAACAUCAGCAAUCCAGCGAACCCUGACGACAGGAACUACACCUACGAACAAGUGCAGCGCAUGACCAAUGAUUCUCUGAACACACUUCUCAAUGAGCCCAAUGCAGAACCCAUUGAACCAAACUCCUCCAACUUCACGACUUCAGGAGAUAUGAUUUAUGGUUAUAUGGAAUACAUCUUCAAAGAAGAAGAUACCAAAGUACCAAUCGCAUACCUCAAUAAACUCUUCACCAUCAAUGGUUCAGCUGUGUUCUACGUCAGGAUGGUGUUCCACAACUCCACGUCUGUUCCCAUUGAGAGUUUGGUCCUCAGUGCUAUCGCAGAUCUGCUGAACUCUCGAGUCACAAACCUCAAUAACUCUGUCACGGUUCUGAACUACACCUAUGAGAAUAUUUCAGACACCUCCUACGCGGUCAACUUCACAUUCCGCAUCAGGAACAUCAGCAAUCCAGCGAACCCUGACGACAGGAACUACACCUACGAACAAGCGCAGCGCAUGACCAAUGAUUCUCUGAACACACUUCUCAAUGAGCCCAAUGCAGAACCCAUUGAACCAAACUCCUCCAACUUCACGACUUCAGGAGAUAUGAUUUAUGGUUACAUGGAGUACAUCUUCAAAGAAGAAGAUACCAAAGUACCAAUCGCAUACCUCAAUAAACUCCUCAUGAUCAAUGGAUCAUCUGUGGUUCAGACCAGGCUGGUGUUCAACUUGUCCUCUCCUGCUUCCAAUGAGAGUGCUGUCCCCUCAAUCAUCACAAGGCUGAAUGAUGCAAGGCUCAACCAAGGGGAGGGUCCCGUACUAGUUCUUCUCGAAACUCUGCUGAACUCUACGCUCACAAACAUCACUGAGCCUGUGAGAGUGCUCAACUACGCCUUUGAGGAAAUUUCAAACACCUCCCUCACAGUUAACAUAACAUUCAUGGUCAGUAACAUCAGCAUACCGAAGGACCCUGACCUCAGGAACGACACCUACACCCAUGUGGAGAGCAUCAUCAAUCAAGCUGUAAACACACUUCUCAAUACUUCUGGUCCCGAUCGACUUCAACCCACAUCCUCCAACUUCACGAGUUCAGGGGAUGAAGUUCAGGGUUCCAUGGAAUACAGUGUACCAAACUUCACCAGUCAGCCAGGGGAUGAUACAUCUCCAAAGGUUAAUCCUACUAACACUCCGAACCCUACUUCUCCAGGAUCUCCAUCAACAACCAAUGGUUCAGCUGUGGUCUACGUCAGGAUGGUGUUCCACAACUCCACGUCUGUUCCCACCGAGAGUUUGGUCCUCAGUGCUAUCGCAGAUCUGCUGAACUCUCGAGUCACAAACCUCAAUAACUCUGUCACGGUUCUGAACUACACCUAUGAGAAUAUUUCAGACACCUCCUACGCGGUCAACUUCACAUUCCGCAUCAGGAACAUCAGCAAUCCAGCGAACCCUGACGACAGGAACUACACCUACGAACAAGCGCAGCGCAUGACCAAUGAUUCUCUGAACACACUUCUCAAUGAGCCCAAUGCAGAACCCAUUGAACCAAACUCCUCCAACUUCACGACUUCAGGAGAUAUGAUUUAUGGUUAUAUGGAAUACAUCUUCAAAGAAGAAGAUACCAAAGUACCAAUCGCAUACCUCAAUAAACUCUUCACCAUCAAUGGUUCAGCUGUGGUCUACGUCAGGAUGGUGUUCCACAACUCCACGUCUGUUCCCACUGAGAGUUUGGUCCUCAGUGCUAUCGCAGAUCUGCUGAACUCUCGAGUCACAAACCUCAAUAACUCUGUCACGGUUCUGAACUACACCUAUGAGAAUAUUUCAGACACCUCCUACGCGGUCAACUUCACAUUCCGCAUCAGGAACAUCAGCAAUCCAGCGAACCCUGACGACAGGAACUACACCUACGAACAAGCGCAGCGCAUGACCAAUGAUUCUCUGAACACACUUCUCAAUGAGCCCAGUGCAGAACCCAUUGAACCAAACUCCUCCAACUUCACGACUUCAGGAGAUAUGAUUUAUGGUUACAUGGAGUACAUCUUCAAAGAAGAAGAUACCAAAGUACCAAUCGCAUACCUCAAUAAACUCCUCAUGAUCAAUGGAUCAUCUGUGGUUCAGACCAGGCUGGUGUUCAACUUGUCCUCUCCUGCUUCCAAUGAGAGUGCUGUCCCCUCAAUCAUCACAAGGCUGAAUGAUGCAAGGCUCAACCAAGGGGAGGGUCCCGUACUAGUUCUUCUCGAAACUCUGCUGAACUCUACGCUCACAAACAUCACUGAGCCUGUGAGAGUGCUCAACUACACCUUUGAGGAAAUUUCAAACACCUCCCUCACAGUUAACAUAACAUUCAUGGUCAGUAACAUCAGCAUACCGAAGGACCCUGACCUCAGGAACGACACCUACACCCAUGUGGAGAGCAUCAUCAAUCAAGCUGUAAACACACUUCUCAAUACUUCUGGUCCCGAUCGACUUCAACCCACAUCCUCCAACUUCACGAGUUCAGGGGAUGAAGUUCAGGGUUCCAUGGAAUACAAUGUACCAAACUUCACCAGUCAGCCAGGGGAUGAUACAUCUGCAAAGGUUAAUCCUACUAACACUCCGAACCCUACUUCUCCAGGAUCUCCAUCAACAACCAAUGGUUCAGCUGUGGUCUACGUCAGGAUGGUGUUCCACAACUCCACGUCUGUUCCCACCGAGAGUUUGGUCCUCAGUGCUAUCGCAGAUCUGCUGAACUCUCGAGUCACAAACCUCAAUAACUCUGUCACGGUUCUGAACUACACCUAUGAGAAUAUUUCAGACACCUCCUACGCGGUCAACUUCACAUUCCGCAUCAGGAACAUCAGCAAUCCAGCGGACCCUGACGACAGGAACUACACCUACGAACAAGCGCAGCGCAUGACCAAUGAUUCUCUGAACACACUUCUCAAUGAGCCCAAUGCAGAACCCAUUGAACCAAACUCCUCCAACUUCACGACUUCAGGAGAUAUGAUUUAUGGUUAUAUGGAAUACAUCUUCAAAGAAGAAGAUACCAAAGUACCAAUCGCAUACCUCAAUAAACUCUUCACCAUCAAUGGUUCAGCUGUGGUCUACGUCAGGAUGGUGUUCCACAACUCCACGUCUGUUCCCACUGAGAGUUUGGUCCUCAGUGCUAUCGCAGAUCUGCUGAACUCUCGAGUCACAAACCUCAAUAACUCUGUCACGGUUCUGAACUACACCUAUGAGAAUAUUUCAGACACCUCCUACGCGGUCAACUUCACAUUCCGCAUCAGGAACAUCAGCAAUCCAGCGAACCCUGACGACAGGAACUACACCUACGAACAAGCGCAGCGCAUGACCAAUGAUUCUCUGAACACACUUCUCAAUGAGCCCAAUGCAGAACCCAUUGAACCAAACUCCUCCAACUUCACGACUUCAGGAGAUAUGAUUUAUGGUUACAUGGAGUACAUCUUCAAAGAAGAAGAUACCAAAGUACCAAUCGCAUACCUCAAUAAACUCCUCAUGAUCAAUGGAUCAUCUGUGGUUCAGACCAGGCUGGUGUUCAACUUGUCCUCUCCUGCUUCCAAUGAGAGUGCUGUCCCCUCAAUCAUCACAAGGCUGAAUGAUGCAAGGCUCAACCAAGGGGAGGGUCCCGUACUAGUUCUUCUCGAAACUCUGCUGAACUCUACGCUCACAAACAUCACUGAGCCUGUGAGAGUGCUCAACUACACCUUUGAGGAAAUUUCAAACACCUCCCUCACAGUUAACAUAACAUUCAUGGUCAGUAACAUCAGCAUACCGAAGGACCCUGACCUCAGGAACGACACCUACACCCAUGUGGAGAGCAUCAUCAAUCAAGCUGUAAACACACUUCUCAAUACUUCUGGUCCCGAUCGACUUCAACCCACAUCCUCCAACUUCACGAGUUCAGGGGAUGAAGUUCAGGGUUCCAUGGAAUACAGUGUACCAAACUUCACCAGUCAGCCAGGGGAUGAUACAUCUCCAAAGGUUAAUCCUACUAACACUCCGAACCCUACUUCUCCAGGAUCUCCAUCAACAACCAAUGGUUCAGCUGUGGUCUACGUCAGGAUGGUGUUCCACAACUCCACGUCUGUUCCCACCGAGAGUUUGGUCCUCAGUGCUAUCGCAGAUCUGCUGAACUCUCGAGUCACAAACCUCAAUAACUCUGUCACGGUUCUGAACUACACCUAUGAGAAUAUUUCAGACACCUCCUACGCGGUCAACUUCACAUUCCGCAUCAGGAACAUCAGCAAUCCAGCGAACCCUGACGACAGGAACUACACCUACGAACAAGCGCAGCGCAUGACCAAUGAUUCUCUGAACACACUUCUCAAUGAGCCCAAUGCAGAACCCAUUGAACCAAACUCCUCCAACUUCACGACUUCAGGAGAUAUGAUUUAUGGUUACAUGGAAUACAUCUUCAAAGAAGAAGAUUCCAAAGUACCAAUCGCAUACCUCAAUAAACUUUUACCAAUUCUGGGAAAUGUCUUCAUUCAAAUUCAGUUGGUAUUCGAGAACAUGAUCACUAUGCCUACUGAGGCUCAAGUUCUCACGGCUGUUAGAGAAAAGCUGUCCACAAAGAUCAGAAGAGCACGUGAUACCUCAACACAACCGCUGGAUGCACCGAUCCUCAUAGAUAAUGUCACCUUUCAUCAAAUGGGCAACAACUCAUUCAGAUUGGAAAUGAAAUUUAAAAUCAGCAACGUUGUCAUUUCUGCUAAAUGUGAGGAAACUUUGACCAACAGCACCUAUUCGUUAAUACAAAAAGAGAUCAACAACCUGAUGAAUGCAGUCCUGGGUAAUCCACAGAAGGCACAGUUUACCUUCCCACGGGCAAACUUCACGUGCAAAGGGACUGAAUUAGAGAUUGUGGCUCGUCAAGUAUAUUUCUACAGAGAGAUCGAUAUUCCGUUUCCAAGUAACUUUCUUUAUGAAAUUCUCAAAAACAGUGGUCUGGUGUACUAUACAAUGCCUCCACUUGUAAACAUUCAGCCCGUCACAAAACCUGGAAAUGGAACCGUCACAAGUGCUGCAUGGAUCCUGGGAUUUAUUAUUCCCUGUGGUGUAGUCCUCAUUCUUCUGCCAUGUUGGAUUCUACUCUGUUGUGUUCUUACUGGAUGGUGUGCACCAAUUAGAAGACGCUUUCGCAGGCGACGGUCUCACAACGUUCAAUAUCAAACUCACAGCAGUGUCUUCUAAAGCACAAUAUAUAAUACUUUCUGAUAACUGUAGUUAUCAAUUUACAGUGUCAUUAUCUGUCUUGAUUUACAAUCAGAUGCUUACAGACAUAUUCUUCCAUAUGACAUAGAGGUAUUUUAGAGAAUAUUAAAUCUGUAAAUAUGUUAAUUCUAUGCAGUGUCUCUAAUCCUUUAAUGCUUUCUACCAUGUAUUACAUCCUCUACCUGCAUCACUGGACUUACACAGGAUUUAUGUGAAAGCAAUGAAAUACAAUAUAAUUUAAGAAUAUAUCACAAUAAUCACCAGAGAUGUUUUAAUUUAUUUUUCUAAUUUAUUUUACUAAUGGUAUUUUAUGUUAAUUUAUUAAAUUAUUACUUUAAUAAAAAUAGUACUAUACAUUUCAUUUCAAAUAGAGGGAUGUAUAUUAUUUCUGUAUACCCUUAUUUAUUUACAUAUGCACUUUAUCAAUAUGUCAACAAGUAACCACUGUGCCAUAUGUUCUGCUACUUGUUAUGGUAUGUAAAAUCACUGUCUUUGAAGCACUAGUCUC